UAAAUCCACAUCGUAAGUYGACAAGRUAACUCAGAAAAKAAAGUAACUGUGCAAGAUGGUGUCCUCCCACGUUGUUCGUACCGUCCUCACKGUUCUCACUCUGAUUGCAUUCAUCAUCACGAUGAUUCUGAAUGCUUUCGCAGGUACGGCAUCAAGACCUGACUUUCUAGCAGACCUCUAUGGCAACAACCUCUCUACUGGCGAUGUAUCUGAUAUCUACAGUACCGAAAUCACUCCAGCAGGAUGGGCYUUCUCGAUAUGGGGUGUGAUCUACACUUGGCAAACUCUGUGGAUAGUAUAUUCUCUCAGCCUGAUCUGUAGACCUCAAGUACCAGAUGUKCUCAACUGGUUUUUCCAUGUACUGUUUAUAUGUAGCUGUGCCUUCAACUGUGCMUGGAUCGUCAUUUGGCAACGACUCCAUGUWACAGCAUCAUCGRUSAUCUUGUUUGCCAUAGCUUUCAACCUUUACGGGCUGUUACUGACCUCKUACUACCGAUUUAACAAGCUGUACAAUAUAAACUUUCCCAAGAUUGACUUUAUUGCCACACAAGCACUCGUCCACAAUGGCAUCGCCUUCUAUGCAACAUGGUGUACAGUGUUAGAAAAUCAUCGUGAAUGA